ACCCGUAUCCAAGGGCAGAGAUCGGCUGACUCACAUGACGACAUCUCUCCUUUUCUUUCUCUUCAUUAUAUAUAUAUAAACACAAACACACACACAGAAGAUCUAAUACAAAAAUAAAUAAUAAAAUUAAAAACCUACCCCUCAUUUCCAUGUACCCAAAAUUUGAAUCUCACUUUGUUUCUCUCUAAUGGAUUACAACUUUCCGGCGAGCAACCCCAGUUCAUGUGGUUCAUCCUCCGGCGGCGGCGGGGGCGGUGGAAAAGAGAAGAUGAAAAAGAACAACAACAACCACGGCGGAGCCGGGAAGAGGAGCAAAGGGGUUGUGAAGCUAUCGACGGACCCGCAAAGCGUGGCGGCGAGAGAACGGCGGCAUAGAAUCAGCGACCGGUUCAAGAUUUUGCAGAGCUUAGUUCCCGGCGGCACUAAAAUGGACACCGUCUCAAUGCUUGAUGAAGCCAUUCAUUAUGUCAAGUUCUUGAAAACCCAGAUUUGGCUUCAUCAAACCAUGAUUAAUUUCGUCGAUUAUGAUUCUAAUUCUUCCGCGGCCGUCUCCGCAGCCGCUACUGCCAAUUCCGGUUUCCCUUUUGAACAAAUUGCCAGCGGCGAGUAUAACAACAUGAAUAAUCUUCUCUACCCUCAAAACGACGUGGUUAAAAUGGAAGAGCCUAAUUUCUUGCCUCAGCUUGAUCCCAAUAAUAAUAAUAAUGUUUAUUUUCCUUCUGAUCAUCAAGAUCAAUUCAUCUCCUCUUCUUAUGAUCCUUACAUCAACUUCUAGUUUUUUUUUUUUUCUUUUUCUUUUUUUUUUUGGGUUUGUGAUCUGUACUUAAUUAUGUUAAUUACUAUGUAUUUUGCAAAAAUUUAGAGUGGGGUUAAGACUGUUCAUUAUAAUUAUAAUCGUUAAUCACUACAAAUUUGGAGUCUAAUCUAAGACCUUCUGUGUAAGAAAAUUUCACCAAUAUCCCAACUUUUUCUUUUUGUUCUUUAUUUGGGUGUUUACAAUUACUAUCAUCGAUGUUUGAGAUAUAGUAAUUAGUGUCUUUAUUUACUAAGCUAUAGCUGGGAUGAUUGACGGUAUACUUUGUUUUAGUGUAUAGGUGUGUGAUAUUGUGGUAGUGCGAGAAGCAGAAACCCAAUUUGAAGUUGUUCAAGAACAGUGGUGUUGAGUCUCUCAAUGCUCGGAAGGACUUAUCUUUGAUCAAAAUUAAAGACUUUGGGCGCAACUUGCAUUUAAAGACUCGGUGGAUUAAUGGUAAUGUUAAUUUGUGAAAUAGUGAAGAUUUGUUUUGAAUGGUUGAGAUUUCAUAGUACCAAUUUAGUUAUAAGUUUUUUUCUUUUAUUUUUUGAAGAAAGAUGGAGGAAGUCUUGAAAUUGAAUCUCACUUUGGUUAGCUGAGGGUCCAGUGGACAACGAUGUGAUAUUUUUAUUUUUA